GGCCCGCUCCUAGCUCUGGUCCUCUACAGCCUGCUGCUGGUGGCACUGAUGACCGCAGAUUUCGUGCACUUCUGCCGCGGUCGGGGCCGGAGCUGGAGCAGAGACCGCAGCCGCCGCCUCACUCCCUUUCGAUCCUCGGCUGCACGCCCCCUGCAGGUCCCAGCUGGGAAGGACUAGGCGCGCCCACAGGGCUCUCCUGCGCCUGCGCACCACGGCCGAGCGCCCGGCCCCGGCCCUUCCGGACGCUCGCUCUCUCCUUGGCUCCGCCCCUUCUCUGACACACCUCUGACGCACUGCUGAGGCGGGGCAGCCCUCGCAUCUUCCCCAGCCCAGGGCCACACUGUACCUGAGACUGCGCCUGCGCGGGUCCUGGAGCUCAACUUCACUAUGACUGUGAGUGGUCCAGGGACCCCUGAGCCCCGAUCUGCGGUUCCCGGAGCCAGUUCAGUGGAGCAGCUUCGGAAGGAGGGCAACGAGCUGUUCAAAUGCGGAGAUUACGAGAGCGCCCUCACCGCCUACACCCAGGCCCUAGGUAUGGGCGCAACGCCCCAGGACCAGGCCAUUCUGCACCGGAACCGGGCUGCUUGCCACCUCAAGCUGGAAGAUUAUGAUAAAGCAGAAACGGAGGCAUCUAAAGCCAUUGAAAAGGACGGCGGGGAUGUCAAAGCACUUUACCGACGAAGCCAAGCCCUAGAAAAACUCGGCCGCCUGGACCAGGCUGUCCUUGACCUGCAGAGAUGUGUGAGCCUAGAACCCAAGAACAAAGUUUUCCAGGAUGCCCUGCGGAACAUUGGGGGCCGGAUUCAGGAGAAGGUACGAUACAUGUCCUCGACAGAUGCCAAAGUGGAACAGAUGUUUCAGAUACUGUUGGACCCUGAAGAGAAAGGCACUGAGAAGAAGCAAAAGGCUUCUCAGAACCUGGUGGUGUUGGCCCGGGAGGAUGCUGGAGCGGAGAAGAUCUUCCGGAGCAAUGGGGUUCAGCUUUUGCAACGCCUGCUGGAUACAGGAGAGACUGACCUCAUGUUGGCAGCCCUGCGCACCCUGGUUGGCAUCUGCUCUGAGCACCAAUCACGGACAGUGGCAACCUUGAGUGUACUGGGCACUCGACGAGUAGUCUCCUUUCUGGGUGUGGAAAACCAGGCUGUGUCGCUGGCUGCUUGCCACCUGCUGCAGGUUAUAUUUGAUGCCCUGAGGGAAGGGGUCAAGAAAGGCUUCCGUGGCAAAGAAGGUGCCAUCAUCGUGGAUCCUGCCCGGGAGCUGAAGGUGCUCAUCAGUAACCUUUUAGAGCUACUGACUGAGGUGGGAGUCUCUGGCCAAGGCAGAGACAAUGCCCUGACCCUCCUGAUUAAAAUGGUACCCCGGAAAUCUCCAAAGGACCCCAAUAACAGCCUCACACUCUGGGUCAUUGACCAAGGUCUGAAAAAGAUUCUGGAGGUGGGAGGCUCACUGCAGAACUCUCCUGGGGAGCUUGCAGUGACAGCAAACAGUCGCAUGAGUGCCUCCAUUCUCCUCAACAAGCUCUUUGAGGACCUGAAGUGUGAUGCUGAGAGGGAGAAUUUCCACCGACUCUGUGAGAACUACAUCAGGAGCUGGUUUGAGGGCCAAGGGCUGGCCGGAAAGCUACGGGCCAUCCAGACGGUGUCCUGCCUUCUGCAGGGUCCAUGUGAUGCUGGAAAUCGUGCCUUGGAACUGAGCGGUGUCAUGGAGAGUGUGAUUGCUCUGUGUGCCUCUGAGCAGGAGGAAGAGCAGCUGGUGGCCAUAGAAGCUCUGAUCCAUGCAGCUGGGAAGGCCAAGCGGGCCUCAUUCAUCACUGCCAAUGGUGUCUCGCUGCUCAAAGACCUGUACAAGCGCAGUGAGAGAGACAGCAUCCGCAUCCGGGCACUGGUGGGACUCUGUAAGCUUGGCUCAGCUGGAGGGACUGACUUUAGCAUGAAGCAGUUUGCUGAAGGCUCUACUCUGAAACUGGCCAAGCAGUGCCGGAAGUGGCUGUGCAAUGACCAGAUUGACGCAAGUACUCGGCGCUGGGCAGUGGAGGGCCUGGCUUACCUCACCUUCGAUGCUGAUGUGAAGGAAGAGUUUGUGGAGGAUGAGGCUGCUCUGAAAGCUCUGUUCCAGCUCAGCAAGUCGGAGGAGAGAUCAGUGCUCUUUGCAGUGGCCUCCGCCCUGGUCAACUGCACCAACAGCUAUGACUAUGAGGAGCCUGACCCUAAGAUGGUGGAGCUGGCCAAGUAUGCCAAGCAGCACGUUCCUGAGCAGCACCCUAAGGACAAACCAAGCUUUGUGAGAGCUCGUGUGAAGAAGCUGCUGGCAGCAGGUGUGGUGUCAGCCAUGACAUGCAUGGUAAAGACGGAGAACCCCGUGCUAACAAACUCCUGUCGGGAGCUGCUGUCCAGGGUCUUCCUGGCUUUGGUGGAAGAGGUGGAGGAUCGAGGCACUGUGGUUGCUCAGGGAGGGGGCAAGGCUUUGCUCCCACUGGCCCUGGAAGGCACUGAUGUUGGGCAGACAAAGGCAGCCCAGGCUCUUGCCAAGCUCACCAUUACCUCCAACCCAGAGAUGACCUUUCCUGGUGAGCGGAUCUAUGAAGUGGUCCGGCCCCUUGUCUCUCUGUUGCACCUCAACUGCUCAGGACUGCAGAACUUCGAGGCACUCAUGGCCCUAACAAACCUGGCAGGGAUCAGUGAGAGACUCAGACAGAAGAUCCUGAAGGAGAAGGCUGUGCCCAUGAUUGAGGGCUACAUGUUUGAAGAGCAUGAGAUGAUUCGCCGGGCAGCCACAGAAUGCAUGUGUAAUCUGGCCAUGAGCAAAGAGGUGCAGGAUCUCUUUGAAGCCGAGGGCAAUGACCGGCUGAAGCUGCUGGUGCUGUAUAGUGGAGAGGAUGAUGAGCUAUUGCAGCGGGCUGCUGCUGGGGGCCUGGCUAUGCUCACCUCCAUGCGUCCCUCUCUCUGCAGCCGAAUCCCACAAGUGACCACACACUGGUUGGAGAUCCUGCAGGCCCUACUUCUGAGCUCCAACCAGGAGCUACAGCACCGGGGUACUGUGGUGGUGUUUAACAUGGUGGAGGCCUCGAAGGAGAUUGCCAGCACUCUGAUGGAGAGUGAGGUGCUGGAGAUCCUGUCAGUGUUGGCUAAGGGCGAGGAAAGCCCAGUCACAAGGGCUGCUGCAGCCUGCUUGGGGAAAGCAGUGGAAUAUGGGCUCAUCCAACCCAACCAGGAUGGAGAGUGAGGGUUGGCACUGGGCCCAACACUCCUGCAUAUGCCACUUACUGCAGCACUGAGCGAACAGAAGCAGCUUCAGCCAGUGAGGCUGGGGUGCUGAAAACUUACCUCUCCUCCCCAGCUGCAUGUUUGUGUCCUCCAUUCUGAGUUAGGGACCACAUUCAGUCACACAGCCCUGCUGCACCAGCACUGCCUCCAGCCUUACUCUGAAAGGUCCUAUUUCUGUACUGUAGAGAGCUGGGAAUGGGGAAGGUGCAUCCCAAUUCAAGCCUGUGGAUUCUGGACAUCAAGGAGAGCAUAGCAGCCUCAGCAGCUGUGAGCACCAACACCUGCAAGCAGGAUCAUCCUAAUAAAGUGUGUGGACCUCAA